GCCGCGCCGGAAGUGACGCGAGGCGGCGGCGGCGGCGGGGACGGUGGCGGCCGGAGGGGGGGCGCGGAGCCGCCGCCGGCCAUGGGGGAGCUGAGUGACCUGGACCGGCAGAUCGAGCAGCUGCGGCGCUGCGAGCUCAUCAAGGAGAGCGAGGUCAAGGCGCUCUGCGCCAAGGCCAGGGAGAUCCUGGUGGAGGAGAGCAACGUGCAGCGCGUCGAUUCGCCCGUCACGGUGUGCGGUGACAUCCAUGGGCAGUUCUACGACCUCAAGGAGCUCUUCAGGGUCGGCGGGGACGUCCCCGAGACCAACUACCUGUUCAUGGGCGACUUCGUGGACCGGGGCUUCUACAGCGUGGAGACCUUCCUGCUGCUGCUGGCGCUCAAGGUGCGUUACCCCGACCGCAUCACGCUGAUCCGGGGCAACCACGAGAGCCGGCAGAUCACGCAGGUCUACGGCUUCUACGACGAGUGCCUGCGCAAGUACGGCUCCGUCACCGUCUGGCGCUACUGCACCGAGAUCUUCGACUACCUCAGCCUCUCCGCCAUCAUCGACGGCAAGAUCUUCUGCGUGCACGGCGGCCUCUCGCCCUCCAUCCAGACCCUGGACCAGAUCCGCACCAUCGACCGCAAGCAGGAGGUGCCCCACGACGGCCCCAUGUGCGACCUGCUCUGGUCCGACCCCGAAGACACGACGGGCUGGGGCGUGUCGCCGCGGGGCGCGGGCUACCUGUUCGGCAGCGACGUGGUGGCCCAGUUCAACGCCUCCAACGACAUCGACAUGAUCUGCCGGGCCCACCAGCUGGUGAUGGAGGGCUACAAGUGGCACUUCAACGAGACCGUCCUCACCGUCUGGUCCGCCCCCAACUACUGCUACAGGUGCGGGAACGUGGCGGCCAUCCUGGAGCUGGACGAGCACCUGCAGAAGGAGUUCAUCAUCUUCGAGGCGGCGCCGCAGGAGACGCGGGGCAUCCCCUCCAAGAAGCCGGUGGCCGACUACUUCCUGUGA